AUGGCUCCCAACCAGCUGGGCAUCCUUGAACAAGGCGAGUGGGAAGACGUUCAGGUCAAGUCCGACUGGAAACCAGACUGGAAGCCCGCCAUGCCGACUCGACUACGGAGGCUCAGUCCCGGUCGCGUCAAAUCGUGGUUCUGGCCAAGGUCGACUGGGUGCGGUUCACAGCAGCUGAGGCCGACAGCAUGGCUCGACGGCCUCAGGGGCUUCGCGGCCUUUCUCGUGUACUGGCAGCACCACGAACUUUGGGCCCACGACUACGACACGGAGAACCCCAUCUUUGAGAAUGCGUUCGGCUACAACAAGAAGUUCUACCUGGUCAGCUUUCCCGGGAUCCGAUUGCUCUUCACGGGCGGCCACUUCGCUGUCGCCAUCUUCUUCGUCAUCUCCGGCUACGUGCUCUCCGCCAAGCCGCUCAAGCUCAUCCACGAUGGCGAAUUCCUGAAGCUGGGCGACAAUGUGGCAUCGGCGCUUUUCAGGCGGUGGUUCCGCCUGUAUCUGCCCAUCAUCUGCACGACGCUGGUCUACUGCACAAUGUGGCAUGCCUUUGGCAUCUGGGUCAGCAAUGCCACGGCCAAGGGCAGCUGGCGCGAGGAAGUCUGGGCGUGGUAUGCCGAGUUCAAGAACUUCAGCUUCGUCUUCAACAGCGGAGGGCUGCCGUGGUUCUCGUACAACGUGCACCUGUGGUCCAUCCCGCUGGAGAUGAAGGGCUCGAUCGUCGUGUACACUGUUGCCCUGGCGAUAUCGCGGUGCACGAGGAACGCCCGGCUGUGGGUCAUGUCGGGCCUGAUCUUCUACUUUCUCUACAUCACCGACGCGUACUACUGCGCGCUCUUCGUCGCCGGCAUGUUGCUCGGGGAGCUCGACCUGCUGGCCAAGAAGGACGAACUGCCGCGCUUCCUGGCGAGGCUGGAGCCGGCCAAGGAGUUCAUCUGCUGGCACCUCUUCGCCGUCGGCAUCUACCUCGCCGGCGUGCCGAACCAGAACGACAACCUGGACCAGCUGAGGAAGAACCGCGGGUGGUACUACCUGUCCUUCCUCAAGCCGCAGGCCGUCUUCGACUACAAGUGGUUCUACCUCUUCUGGGCGGCCAUCUUUGUCAUCACGGCGACGCCGCGGAUCCGCUGGGUCAAGCCCUUCUUCGAGACGCGCUUCUGCCAGUACCUCGGGCGCAUCUCGUACGCGCUGUACCUCGUGCACGGGCCCGUGCUCUCGACGCUCGGCGAGCGGCUCUACAUGGCGGCGGGCUGGCUGGAGUGGCGGGCCAAGGAGUACCUUCCCGGCUGGCACAACAAGUUCCCGCUCCCCAGGGUGGGGCCGAUGGGCCUCGAGCUGGCUUUCUUGCUGCCGCAUCUCGUCUUGCUGCCGCUGACCUUUUGGGUCGCCGAGAUGGUGACGCGGUUCGUGGACGAGCCGAGCGUCAGGUUCCCCGCGUGGCUGUACAGGAAGGCCACGGGGGCGGAGAAGCAGCCGCAGUUGGCUGUGAAGGAGUAG